CGUCAACUCCAUCACCAUCAAUCCGACAACUUUUUUUUUUACUCAUCGAUAUUUACAUUGAUGUCGUGCCCGCCCAAAGUCUCAAUAUUCAGAUAAACGUCGAUUCCGCUUUGUCAGACGACAAGCAUCCGUCCGCCUUGAUGAUCCGCUCUGGCAACACAAUACAGCGGCUGCCACCCCAGAAAGCAACUGAUCCGGACCUCAUCGCAAUCCGUGCCAAGCUGCUCAACGCCCUCGCUGUCAAGGCUUCCACGCUCGUCACUCCUCGGUCCUCGCGCGCCGCUUCUCCCGGCGCAACUCCUCGUCUGCGAUCCCGCCGUCCGGCCCACAGCCCGUCUCCCCGCGUCGUCAUCGGUCCCAAGGCCAUCGACUUGCUGCCCGUUGAGCUGGCAAGUUUGCGCCUUUCGUCGCCACUCAUCGUUUCGAGCCCUUCUCGAUUAAAGAUCGCUCGGAAGAUCCAGGCCAUCAUUCCAAAUCUCGAUUCUCGCAUCCUCAGCUCCGCCGUCAUCACUGUACCUACUCGAAUCUCCGGCCGAGACUGUGUUAUUAGUGUCGGCAGUGGUUCAGCUGUGACUCUAGCCCGGGCUGUUAGUUUACGCAAGGGGAUCCCGCAUAUUUGCAUCCCGACAACAUUCAGUGGUAGCGAGAUGGUUUCCGAAAGCAGCACCACAGUACCCCGUGAGCGUAGUGCCAGUAAAGGAAGCAACUCCAGGGCAGCAAGAGCGAUUGCCCGAGAGUCCAAAACACUCCCUGCUGUCAUCAUCUACGACGACGACCUUACCACGAGCUCACCAACCCGGUUCUCUGCACCCAGCGACGAGGAUAUUAUGGAGGACCGAGCCGAACUACACACCAAGUCAGAAGACGCCUGUUGGAGCUACAUCAAUCUUCCAGGUUCUUGUAUUGGCGAGGAGUACCUGAGACUCCGAUUUUCAUACUGUACACCCAAUGGCGCCGAUUUCUCGGACUUCAGAUGGAUUUAUGCGACAUACACGACAUGCGACCACUACCUGCUGCCCCCCAACACCAUCGGGCAUGCCAUGCGAGCCCGAGAAGCCAGUGCCCGGCCCGCCGAGUGCGCAAGCGCUCUGCGGAAUCUGAGGCCUGACGCUUCUACAAGAUGGCGACUGAAGACCGAGUCCCAAAGGAUGCUCAAGAAGACAUGAGCAGUUCAGGGGAUGACGCCACCAUCUGAGCCUCUGAGGCUUUGUUUCAAGAGCAGGAACCCCAACUGCCUCUGCUCAGAUCAAACAAGAGACCAUCUCACACCUCGAGUCAAAACUUGGGGUUGGAAGAGACUCAUCAUUGGAGCCUGCUGGGCUUCGAACUACCACGGGGCCGCUGGGCCCCGGAAUCCACCCUCAAAAGCCGUGUAGCAUCGGCCGAGGCGUGUUUUGUUUCGACUCGAUGGAGGGGCUCUUGGUUAUUUCACUCUGUGAUGCCUUCGUUUCGGAAGACCACCAACUGCAUACGGGUCGUUGGAUGUCCGUCUACUAGGACGGACUUCUUUGAAUCGCCGGAUAGCUAGCUCCUACUGCUAGUGUUAUCAAUAAGGCUUCUUGCCGACUUAUAAUAUGGCUAGACUCUCU